UUUUUUCCAGCCUCGGGGUGCUCUCGCCAGCAGCUGCGCCUCGCCGAGAGCGUUGCGGGGUGGCCUGGGCAUCGCCCCGAGCGGCCGCCAGAGAGCCGAGUUGCAUGGCCCGAAUGCCAAGGGGGCAGACUUCGGGGGCGAUGUGCCCAGGGUUCGGGGCAUCGACAGGGGCCUGAUGGCCCACCUCGCUUAGGAACGUGAGGCUCUCGCUACCGAGAUCCUAUCGCCGACCCAUCGGCGAGGUAACGCCCAUUCGAGGUGGACGUUCUCCCCCCCAACGCCAGUCCCCCCCCCUGUCGUUGCCCCUCAGGGGGCCUACGAGGAGGCGCUGGCCAGGGUGGCAGACAUCCUGAGCCAGUCGAGCAGCGUCAUGGUGCUGAGCGGGGCCGGGAUGUCAACCGCGGCAGGCAUCCCCGAUUUCCGUUCCCCCGGGGGCCUCUACGGCACAGCUGAGCAGCUGUUGGGCCGCUUCACGUACCUGGGUGGCGAGGCCGCGGCCGCGCGGCAGAAGGCCGCCCUGGGGCGGGACAUCAAGAGCGCGCUGACGCUCGAGUUAUUUCGUGAGAACCCCCUCCCGUACCACGAGAUGCGCCGGGGCCUCAUACUCGGCAUCGGCGCGGGACAGUGGAAGUGCAGCCUCGGGCACGUGCUCCCGGGGAUCCUGGCUGCAAACGGCAAGCUGCGCAUGCUCGCGUCCCAGAAUAUCGACGGGCUGGACCACAAGGUUGUUGCCGAGAAGAGCAAGCUAUACAACCCGCACGGGCUGAUGUCGACGCUGGUGUCGGAGCCCCUAGAGCAUCAGCGGAGGGGGCAGGCGGAUAUCACGCUGUGCACCGACCCCAGGGGCCCGAUCUAUCGGAGGUACGUCGAGCUGGUCAAGGCCUCGAUCAAGGACAUCUACCACGACAGGCCGCUUCGGCAGGGCAGGUCGAGCCACCUGUGGCCUGGCCCAGGGGAGUCGACCCCGAUCACGCUGGCCAUGUUCGGGGACCUGCUCCCAGCGAAGUUCCACCGUGCCCUGGACACUGAAGCACGGCUGCAGCAGUACUCCGUGAAGCCGGGCAGUGUCAUGUUCGACAGGCCUCUGUGGAGCACUACCGCCGAUGGAAAGCCCUACAAUGUUUUUGCAGACAUGGCGCACGCGGACGCGAUCUUCGUGAUGGGAACAUCGCUGUCGGGCCUCACCAUCGACCACGUCGCGCACGAGGCCAGGGAGGACCAGCCACGGGUGGUGUUCGACAUAACGUCCAGCCCGGCGGAAUCCAUCGAGAAAUACGGCGAGUGGAGGGCCACCGAUUGCCUGCUGCGGGGGCCUAUCGACAAGAGCACGCUAGACGUGCUCGACAGGAUGGGCUGGCUGAUGCAACUGCUCCACGACGACUAUCUCCGGCACCUCUGCCUGAACUCGUUGCGGGAACUGCGCGACUUUGUCGACAUGCAUGCGGACGACGCUGUGAGGGCGCAGGUCGGCAUUGUCGACGUCUAUCUGGAAGAGGAGCAGCGGCGGGAACGCCAUUUCUACCAGAACGAGUAAACAGAGCUUCGCAACUCCUCCCCCUCUCCUCCUCCUGCAAGUUCUCCCCUCUUCUUCCUCCUCCUUCUCCAUUCCGCCAUCCCCCUCUCCUCCUGAUCCUCCUCUGUUCGAAGUUC